GCAGCAAGUGUGAGGGAGCCUGUCUAAAGGUUGAGACAGGGAGGCAAAUUUGUAGUGAGAGGUUCAAAGGGUGAAGUCAAGUCUCUAGGGUGUGAGCAGUGGGUCCUGGCUCCCAGUCCCCAUAAGAGGGUGUGAGCAGUGGGUCCUGGCUCCCAGUCCCCAUAAGCCAUGGCUGCAGCAAGGACUGGAUGCCCACGAGGUGCGGUUCAGCCUUCGUGCAGGUCAAUGCUGAGGAGUACGGCACCCUCCCUCCCCUCCCCUCUCCUCUGGUUGGGUUCCUUGUAACUGAAGCUCACUCAUUCCCUGAGGACCAGGCCUCACUGAUGACUGGGAAGCAAAGAGUACCCAGGAAAGCACUUUUACCACGGACUCCACCUCGGGAGCACCAGCAACUCAUCCUUUAAAUAACAUACAGUCUGUGCCCCUGCUGCGCAGUCCUGAUGUCUGCUACCAUGGAUACAGAAUCAACGUAUUCAGGGUAUUCCCACUACUCAGGUCACUCCAAAAAAGCCCACAGACAAGGGAGUCGGGACAGGCACAAAUCACCACGAAGCAAAGAUGGCAGUCGAUCGGAGAAGUCCGUCACUAUCCAGACACCGCCUGCAGAACCGCUGCUUGGGAACGAUGCCUCUCGGACAGAGGAGGGCCAGGAUGACAACUGGGGUGAGACCACAACAGCAAUCACAGGCACCUCUGAGCACAGCAUAUCCCAGGAGGACAUUGCCAGGAUCAGUAAAGAUCUGGAGGACAGCGUUGGGUUGGACUGCAAACGUUACCUGGGCUUAACUGUGGCGGCUGUUCUCGGACUCCUUGUCUUCCUCACCCCCAUCGCCUUCAUUCUGUUACCCCAGAUCCUGUGGCGGGAUGAUCUGGAGCCAUGUGGUACUGUCUGUGAGGGACUGUUCAUCUCUGUGGCAUUUAAACUCCUCAUUCUCCUGAUUGGGACCUGGGCUCUGUUCUUCCGCCAGCCCAAGGCAGAUAUACCCAGGGUGUUUGUGUUUCGGGCCCUCUUGUUGGUCCUCAUAUUUCUGUUUGUGUUUUCCUACUGGCUCUUUUAUGGUGUUCGCAUUUUGGACUCAAAGGACACCAACUACCAAGGAAUAGUGCAGUAUGCGGUGUCUCUGGUGGAUGCACUACUCUUCAUUCACUACCUGGCCAUUGUGCUGCUAGAACUACGGCAGCUGCAGCCCAUGUUCGCUGUCAAGGUAGUUCGGUCAACGGAUGGAGAAUCGCGGUAUUACAGCUUGGGACACUUGAGCAUCCAGCGGGCUGCACUGGUCGUUCUGGAAAAUUACUACAAAGAUUUCACAGUCUACAAUCCAACCUUGUUAACAGCCUCCAAAUCCCGUGCAGCCAAGCACAUGGCUGGCCUGAAAGUCUACAAUGUUGAUGGCCCAGGUAACAAUGCCUCUGGGCAGUCCCGUGCCAUGAUUGCAGCUGCUGCCCGUCGCAGGGACUCCAGUCACAACGAGCUGUACUACGAAGAGGCCGACCAUGAGCGCCGAGUUAAAAAACGUCGUGCAAGGCUUGUGGUUGCAGUAGAGGAGGCUUUCACUCAUAUCAAACGUCUCCAGGCAGAGGAACAGCAGAAAGCUCCAGGAGAGACCAUGGAUCCCAGAGAAGCAGCUCAGGCAAUCUUCCCCUCUAUGGCAAGAGCUCUGCAGAAGUACCUCCGCACCACCCGUCAGCAGCAGUACCACAGCAUGGAGAGCAUCUUGCAACAUUUGUCCUUCUGCAUCACCAAUAACAUGACACCAAAGGCAUUCCUGGAGCGUUACCUCAGUCCAGGCCCAACCCUCCAAUACAACAGGGAUCGCUGGUUUUCCAAGCAGUGGACGCUCGUUAGCGAGGAAGCGGUCACAAGUGGGUUACAAGACGGAAUUGUUUUUGUCCUCAAGUGCUUGGACUUCAGCCUUGUUGUUAAUGUGAAGAAAAUCCCCUUCAUCAAACUCUCAGAAGAGUUCAUAGAUCCUAAAUCUCAUAAAUUCGUCCUUCGCUUACAAUCCGAGACUUCAGUUUAAGGGGUUUUGAGGGUGGGUUGUUUGGGGAUUUUUUUUCAAUGUUGUGCUUUUGGGUUUAAUUUCCCCAGUGCUAACUGAAACUGGCAGAUGAUGGACCAGUAAUAUUUGACCAUCUGCACUUUAUUUGGAAGGGUGGGGGGUGGGGGGGGAUUCCGGAUAUCUUGUCUAGAAAGGAAUAUCUUAAGAGGUGACAGGGUGACUUGGCUCAGUUAGCUCAGCUUUGGAGACAGAACAGCUUCCCCUCCGGUAUAUUAUAAAUCUCAUGUUCUCUCUUUCUCUGCAAAAUUGCAAUGUCUGUAUUUUUGUUGGAACGCUACCUUACACUGUGUGUGCGCAUGCACUUUUGUGGCCCUGCUUUUGCUACCUGUAGCUAUUUCUGAGAACACAUUGCUCACCUCUCCAGUAUAGAAGUCUGCAUGGUACCAGGGGAAUGUGCAGUCCUUUUUCACUUAGAAAGGAGAGGGAGUUUGAAGGGUGUGUGUGGGGGGGUUUCCUCUGCGAACCACAUAACCUUGAGACUGAAGGGGGCUUUUUAGUUUGUUUGUUUUUCCUCUUCCCCUUGUCCCCUGUUGUAUUAGCACUGGACCUGUAUGAACAUAGUGGGGUGGUUGUGCUGCCUGUUGUCUCUGUGAAGUUGUUUGUCUUGCACUGGAUCAGCCCAUCUUGCAAUUGUUCAGUUUUUUACCAGUGCUUGUUAAGUGAAACGUCUUUAUUUUGCAUGAACAAAUCCCUUGUUCUCUCCACUGUUUCAUCUCUAACGCUUGCCCCUUUCUUUGUCAGACACUCCCAAAGCUCCCCGUUUCUGUUCCUUCUGUCUGGCUUUCCAAACGUGUUUCUCUAGCCCCUGUCCCCUCGGGGUCUGCUUUACCACUUCUUCCUUUCACACCUGCAGGGGCUGCGUAUUUGCACUGGGACAGAGUAGAUAAGUAGCUAGCUCCUUCUUAGAUAUAUCACAGACCCUCCCUGUGUCUGACAGCCUCUUUGAGAGGAAGGGGAAUGCACGCAGGAAUGCCCACCUCAUUCUCUACAGGGCUUCAAGUGUGUCUGGAGAAAAGAGGGGCAAAAGCACUUCCCUUCCUCAGGAGAAGAGCCGGGGAAGGGCUGACCUCUGCUGUGUGCACUUGCUUUAAAGAACACCUGUGUGCUGAAAACACCACAGUAUGUCCUUCCCUGCCAUACACCUUUGGCUGUAGCUAAGAGAUACCAAACUAUCUGAAUGUUGAAAAUCUGCCUGCUUUUCUUGGCUUUUCUCUCCUGUGGGAGUCUCUCCUCAGUGCUCAGUGACAGUAGCCUGCUAUUUCUCUGCUCUUGUGAGAGAGAUGCUUAGCUCUUAAAACUGCAAUUUUGUUUUUAAGGCCUUCUUUGCCCUUUAGUGCAGCUUUUGCAUCUGACACUUUUGUUUGUCUUGGGGUUUUGAAAGGCUUGCUUUUAAAGGUGAGCUAAAUCAAUGUACUGAAUUCUGAAUGCUGGCGUGGGGCAUUGUAUGACUCCUGAGCCAACUCUGGGCCCAGCUGUGACCUGAUCUUCUGCUAGAGCUCUCCUGGAGCCCCCCAGCUCUGUGGUGAUAGAGCCACAUGCAUGAAUGGAAAAGCUCAAUUUGUUCUUUUACCAUAAAAAUACCUAUAUUUAGCGGGAGAUGGCCUGCCUUCCAUGCAGAUGAGUCUUAUCACAGAAGGCCCAGGUUCAUGAGGUAUAUAAAUGUGUGCCUUUCAUUAUGAGGGUGCGUUUUCUUUUGAGGGGGCGGCUGCAACAGCUCCUAUUGUCCUCUUUGGCCUCCCCCGGCCCAGCCUUGGCUUCUUCAUCAGCCUGCUGGGCUGCUUCCUGCCAGCAUGAGGCAGCCCCGCUAAGAGUGGAGAGCAGGGAUCUGCGAGUCCUGCAUGCUGUAGCCGAGCCGGGCUGGCCAGUGCCUGCUACAAGCAGGUGGGAGGGAGCAGUUACCGCAGGCUGGGGUGCUGGGAAAAGGUCAAGGGAGUUCCGCUUCUUUUGGUUGCGACAGCAAUGGCUGAGAAGGAGGUGUAUGUCCAACAACACCUGCAGAUAGUCCUGCCAGGAUCAAGGGAGCUACCUGCUGUCUGAGCACCCUGGUGAGUAAAGGUCCAAAGCAGUGGUUCCCCAGCCGCGUGUCAUCUACAGCAUCCUGAACUCUUCCUGCUGAUGGGCGCUUUCUUCCAAAUGCAUAAUAUUUACCAGGAUACAAUUCUCUCAGUGCAAUGUGCAAGAAAUGGUUGUCAAGAAACUAGAUGGUCUGGUACGCAACAGGAUCCAGGAUCAGACCUGUGCCCCUUGCAGGGCAAGAAGUAGGUAGAGUUUCAUUGCUGUAAACUUACUAUUUGGAGUUUUUUCUAGGUCAGACUUCCUGGUAGUCUGCUUGGGGAUUUUUUUAUUGAUUUGUGGCCUUUGCAGUAUUUUAAUUUAAAAAAUACCAGAUCAUUUUAUAUCCUCUCCUUAAAAAGCGGAGGGGGCUUAUAGUAUCUCUCACCUAGAUCUCAUAAAGAUGUAUGUAUUUGGCUUUUAUGAUGUGCAUAACCAGCAAGGAUGGGAGAGCCUAGUAGUAGCUUGGGAGACUCUGGAGCACUUACGCCUGUGUUCAGGCUGCUGGCUGUGGCUGAACUGUCUCAUCUGUGAGAAGCCAGAACAAGAACCACCUUGCCGGGGGCUUGGGUGUGCUGUGUGUGUGAGAGAGCACCUUGUUUCAGGCACCUUGGCAAAACCUUCUUUCCCAGGAUUUCCUUCCCCUUUCCUUUCCCCUCCCCCCCCCCCCAAGGGAGGGGGGGGUUGUCUGACAAUAUCUGCUCAGGAAACUCAUGUCUUAGUCUUUAAUUGCAUUAAAUCCUUAAACACAUGGACAACCAGACGGAAGCAGUGUGUGCUCGUUCUCGAUCUGCUUCCUAAUCGCUGUGCUGCGAGUCAGAGUGCUGUUUCUGCCUGUCACUAAAAAGGACACUGUCAACAGGGACCAGUUCUUACAUUAAAUGCUCUUCCCCACAUUAGAGCGAGUGCUUUGCCUGGUAAAAUCUGAAGGACAGAACUUCACCUUUCAAACAGUCUGUUUACUUUCUUUGCACUUUCCUGAGACUGGAGAGAGAAGCAACCUGUUUAGUGGUGAGAACAGAAUAAAAUGGGAAUCAGGACUCGGAUAUUUCUUCUCAUGUCAUUUUAUUUCUCUGGGUCUCCAUUUGUUUUGGGGCUUGUUUCAUGUCCCAAUGCAAGAUCAGGGGACCAUGAUGAUACCUACCUCAUUGGGGUGUUGUGAGGCUAAACUCAACUUUUGUAAAGUGCUUUGAGAUUCAAAGAAGGAAGGUGCUACAGCAAUUCAGACUCUUCAUAAAAAGUAUUGAACGGCAAGAGCAGACUGGCUUGUUUAACUUUGUUUAUAGCCAGCUAGUGAGGAAGAAUCAAGUCACAGGGAAUGAAGCUCUGAUCUAAAUCCUGCAGAGCUUGCCAAGAGCUGAGUGUAAAUAAGGCUUGUAAGAUUUGCCAGCCAAGCACAGGCUGUUUCCCUCCAAAUACCUCUCCUAUCCUGCCCUGUCUCCUUGCACAUACUUCUGCCCCCUGGCUCCCUGCCUGUAUGCUUGCACCUGACUGGGAAUUUAUUUUUAGAAACAGAGUUGUUUAUAAGAAAACACUGUUUGUAGUGAAGCUGACAGUGUCUCUCUUGGAGGAGAGCCUUGACCAGUGGUAGCCGGGCAUCUUUUGCUACAGGCUGGACUGUGUGAUAGGGUGUGGGUGCCUUGUGGCCUAGGCAGGGGUGGUAUUGCCCCACUCUUGUCUUCCACAUUGCUGUUUUUCCUGUGGCUCUGAAGUGUGCUGCACAGACUGUUUAAAGACUUUGCUCUCAGAUUUGUUACAGCAUAAAUCCAAGACCAUGCUAAAGCCAGAAGCAACAAAGAUUUUCAGCUGUUCAGGGCAGAUGGAAAUGGCUGUGGGCUUCCACAAAGGCUGGCUUUUUCUUUCAUUGCUAAAGAGUGGAAAAUGAGGAUUUCUUGCAGCUUCCAGGAGCGUAGGGGUAGAUAUUAGACCCUUAAUACGUUGCCAGUCCCACAACCAGGGCUGGGAAAAGGUUAACACAACUGCUAGGCAGCCCCUCAUUGUCAGGUGGUUGCAGCCAUCCCUGCAUAGGCUCGGGUGGCUGCCCUGCUCUCGGGCUCUGUUCCUGCUUGUGGGAGCAGAGCAGGCAGCAGCCAAAUAAGUGUAAGCACUUCAGCACUGCCCCCGUGGCAUAGCAGUCCCUGACCAAGCCACUCUGGGGAGAGUGGGUCUGCUUGCAGCUACCUGCCUACAGUCUGCAGAGGGAAGACUUUGCCACCCCUGCUGAGUAGCUACAGGGGGAUUUACAGGCUGUGACAGGGUGGUAUGAUGCAAUUUGCUUGCAGAGUACGGUCAGGUCCAGCAUACAUCCUGCUUCUGUGGCUGUCCUUGGUGCCUUAAAAGCAGCAAAGGAAGCGGAUGCCCCUGGAGAGGGAUCUUGGAGAGGAAGGUAGAUCUGAUUUCAGCCUCUGCCGGCUGUUCCUCUGAUAUUCUGUUGCCUCUCAAACCUUCCUGCCAACAACUUCAGUCACUGCACCUCCUGCUUCCAUCCUCCCCUUGCUGUGUUUUUAAGUUCCCUCGUGAGAAAAACAAGUAGCAGGUGGGAUGACAGGUGCUGAGGCUGCUGGUUGGAGCUGGAGGACAGUUCUUGAUAAGGCACAAUUUUGGGAGGCUCUGAAGAACUCUUCCAUUUUUUUUUUUUAGAUGGAGAUCUUGACAUAAAGCCUAGGGAAUCAGCUGUUUCCAGGUAUGCCAAAAGCUGAGGAGAAGUAGUUUCUAAAAAGUGGCUGCCCAUAAGUAGCUUUUAAAGUUGUUUGAGAUGAGCUUGUUACAACAUCUCUUACUGAAGAAACUUGAAAGACUUGUACCAUGCUAAACACAGAAACCUAUUUAAGCCAAUUCCAUCUUGCUUACAAAAGCUUGCAAAUCUGCCCUUUUUAAAGAUAAAACAAAAAAUGUUCCUUUCUUUCAGAAAAACGCUGUAGUCUGGUCCCAGGCUCUACUAUUCAGUUGUAUUUAGUAGCUCUACCCUGCCAUAUGAGAGCUGUUCAGGCGAUGUGUGCACAGACGUCUGUUUUCUCAUACUCAGUUUGUGUGUGUAUGUGCUUUUCCCUUAUACGUGUUUGCAUUAUACAUGUUUAAGGCCUGAAGCCAGGCUUGGUGAUUUGGUGUUUAAAUGGUGUUAAGAAAGAAGCACUCUUGGGAUUGAGCUCUUUUCAAAACAAAACAAAAUUCUGCUCUCCUAAGAGAGAGGGCUUUGUGGCUGGAAAUGUCUGACAGGAACAUGCAUCCUUUUGUGUUCAGGCUGCUGCCUCAGAUUAUGACCAAAAGUUGCUGUUUCUGACAGUUGCCAUUACUGGUGUGGAUCUCUUUGGAUUACUCUUGAGCCAGGUCCUCACGGCACCAUUGGCACGGUUGGUAUUAUUUGCCUCUCUGCUUCCCUUUAAAAGACUGUGUUUUUAUACCUGUAAGUAUCCCACUGUAGCAAAGCCCUCUGGGUGGUAGGCAGCCAGCCCUGCUGCAUGUGAGCCCUGCUAUGGAGGGAAUCCUUCCCUAUGGCUGCGUGCUGGGCACCUUCCACCAGCGCUGAAAUCACUUGGGAGUAUCUUGUGCGCGCACACGUGGAUGCUGUGGUUUGCAACGUGCACGGAUUUAACUGUGAAGGAAUCUUACACUCUUCUGUGCCUGUUUCUUUGAUUCAGCAUUAUUGUGUCUUGGGGAAGGGGAUAGGAGUGAACUCCCCUCCCAAACCCUUUUCUGAUCACUGUGUAAUACUCUUUUUUCUACACGAAGUGUGUAUAGUAAGAUGAGUUUUGCCAAGGUUUUCUAAUUACUGGACACAACCAGCAUUUCUUUUUCUGUCUCUGCACAUGUGACUUUAACUGCAAUGGUACAUGAUCUUUCUGUUCUUUUGUAAUCAUGAACUUAAAUAAGCAAAUUCCUGGUGUCUGUGACAUUAAUGCACUGUGGGUCUAGCCUAGUAAAUUGUUCUGUUCCAAGCCGGGUUCUCUUAAGUUAUAGCUGGAUGGGUUUUCGUUGUUUUUAAAUUGAAACAUAAAACCAUUUUACACUUUGCAUAUUUUGUACAGUAAAAUUCUGGAAAUAAACUGAAACCAGAAAUUC